CAACAGGCCGCCCCUGCCUCCUGCUUCCGCUCGCAUUGUAGGGUGGUCGAGAGGAAGGUUACCGAAGAGCCAAAAUGGGAGUAGAAAUUGAGACCAUAACUCCGGGCGACGGACAGACAUUCCCGAAGAAGGGGCAGCGCGUCGUGGUGCACUAUGUCGGCACACUGGCAGAUGGGAAAGUGUUUGACUCUUCGAGGUCCCGGGGGAAGCCGUUCAAAUUCAAGAUUGGACACCAGGAGGUUAUUCGUGGUUGGGAAGAAGGAGUAGCCCAGAUGAGUGUAGGUCAGCGGGCGAAGCUGAUCUGCUCUCCAGACUUCGCCUAUGGCAGCAAAGGGCACCCGGGGAUCAUCCCACCAAACGCCACUCUCACCUUCGAUGUGGAGCUCAUCAGUCUGGAAGCCUGAAACUUGUGCACUCACUUUGCUUAAUUCCACUCAAAUUAUCAGGGUUGACUCCUAUCUUGGGAACAUGGAGGAAAAAUAUUAACAGAUGAUUCCUGCUCUUGAUCCCUGCAUAGGACCUAUGUCUAUAGCUUCACUAGUUCACUCUCCUUUCCAUUUAGAUACAAAUUGUGUUUCGUCACUUGCUUUAAAAACUUUAUCCUUCAUACUAUAUUUUAGAUUCCAUACAGUAAUAAGUGAUAGGCCAUCCCAUCCCAUGUAUUUUGUCAUAUUCUGCUAUGUAUUUUUAUGGUGAUUUUUUUUUUUUUUUAUUUGACUUAAAAUUUACAAAAAUGUGUCUGCCAUCAGGACCAGGUUUUAGAGUGUCAUGAAUAUUUAAUCAGUCUCAUUCUUGUGGCUCUGUGGCCUUUACACUAAAAUUGUAUUGCGGGUAAUGAAUUGUCUUGAAUAAAAAUAAGAAUAAAUUGUUGUUUGACACAAUGAUAUUUCUAUGAAUUACCUUUGUGAUACUUGUUAUUGGGUUAAAUUAGAAGAAAAGUCUGAAACACAUUGUAACCAGGGAUUCAUGAAUCAAGCACAUUAUUGCCAUGAACAGCCUACAGGUCUCUGCAGAUGUAGGAUUUCCUUUUUUUCUGUUCUGCAGCGUCAAUUCUUAAUUUAUAAAAACAACUUGCUGAAAUAUUCACAACUUGACAUCAUUAGUCUUGUUGAUUGCUUGUCAAACAUUUGGGGAUUUUUUUUUUUUUUGCCAAAAAAAGUAAAAGAAAGAAGUGUUAUUUGGUGUCUGGUAAAAGAUUUCUAAACGUGCAUGUUAAGUUCCCCCACAAAGAUUUGUAGGCACAUCUUGGGGUUUGUGAUUUAUCUUUAUUUGAAGGAGUUGUGUGUAACAAGCUGUGGAUGUUGUAAAAGAUCUGUUCCUUACUCUAUACACAUUAAAAGAGUAAUUUUAACACAAA